AUGUCAAAGGGUAGCAGUAAAUAUGUGAUAGACCCCAUAAGCGUCAAGACCGCGUGCACAAGUGACGAGUCGUACAUUCGAUGUGUUGAGUAUGGGAAGGGGAAGGCCCAUUUGCCCAAUUUGUCGCUGCUAGUCAAGGCCAUCUUGGCUGGCUUCUUCGUCGGCGUCUGCGCGCACGCCUCAGGGAUAGCAGGAGGCCACUUCUACUACCACAAACUGCGAGAACAUGUGGGCAUCUCCAUGAGCGCGUUUGUCUACGGAUUCACCUUCCCGAUAGCUUUCCUGUGCAUCAUAGCCACUGGAUCGGACCUCUUCACGGGAAACACCCUAGCCGUGACGACAGCUUUGCUGCAAAGGAAAAUUACUCUCCUGCAGUAUCUGCGAGUAAUGACGAUAUCGCUCUUUGGCAACUACGUGGGAGCAGUAUCCUUUGCCUUCUUCAUUUCGCAUUUAUCAGGGGCGUUCAAAACGAAUGAAGACAUUGCUAAGAAUCACAUUUUUCAAUUUUUAAAUGACAUAUCGGAGAAGAAAGUGCACCAUAAGUUUAUCGAGUGCGUCUCUCUGGCUAUUGGUUGCAACAUCUUUGUCUGCCUAGCUGUGUAUUUUGUAUUGACAAUUAAGGACGGAGCCGGGAUGGUCUUCAGCGUCUUUUUCGCUGUCUACGCCUUCGCCAUUGCAGGAUACGAGCACAUCGUCGCCAAUAUGUACACACUCAAUCUCGCCCUCAUGGUUAAGACGAAGGUCACUUGCUCGGAAGUCUACCUCAGUAACUUGCUUCCUACGCUUAUUGGAAACUACAUCGCCGGAGCGGUGGUUCUGGCGUGCCCGCUGUCCUACCUUUAUCGCCAUAGCUACAGGGACUACGAAAAUACACGUGGCGAUGGGAGCAACUUUGGUUUGAAGAGGUAG